AUGACGACCUCACUGCGAGGCACGCCCCGCCCCUCUGCUGUCCCCGCGUCCCAGAACACGGCGCCCGUCGCAGAGUUUCGAUGUCUCUUCACGCACGACGUCAGACGGAAGCAGAAGCGCUGGCAGGAUGGCUACCUCAAAUUCCACACCUUCAACAACCGGGUCAUGGUGUACGACCAGGCCAGGAACUUCCUGGGAGACACCUACUACAAAGACAGCAAUGAACUGCAUGAGGGCGACGAGCUCAACCUCGACAAGGGCGUCAUGGUCGAGGUGGCCGAGACCAUGGGAGUGACGCAAACAGACUUGACGCCGCUCUUCGAGAAGAAGACGAAGGAGCCGCCCGCUCGCCCAAACGCUGCUUCUCAGACACGACCGUUCCAAAGACCGACAUCCGUUGCACCCAGCGUCGCACCGCAAGCAGCUUCACAACUGCGGCACAAGUCGUUGAACACUCUGCUUGGGACGCCAAAAGGCCCUAUUGGAAAGGCAGUGCCCAUGAAGUCCCCAUACGAGGCUCGAAAUGAGAACGACAGGGACAAAGAGAACGAGGAGGCGGAGGAAAGGGCAACGAAGAGGCAGAAGACGGUGCACAACGCCGCAUCUUGGAGAGCCUCUAGCCCCGUGCACGACGAAAGCCCAGUAUCGAAGAAGGACCUACCUGUGUAUGCGAGGCCCUCGACGGCGAAUAAUGUUCGAAAACCUACGAAAUUUAUACCGCCAGGGGCAAACGUCAUCAUCUUAGAUUCAGAGCCAGAACCUACAACAGCAAUUCUGUCAGACGUAACGCUCCCGAGUACACCUCCUAGGAUCGUCAGAUCAAAGCCGAAGCCUCUCUCGCCAGCUCCACCUGUAGCUAAGCCUCUUAGAGUGCCAGCGAAACCGCCCGUACAGACCCCUAAGGUACCUCGAGGGAAGGUGCCAGUGCCCAAAGUAAAAGCCUUAGAGACACCUAAACAGCCGGAACCUCCAUCUUCGCCUCCGGUGAGCGCCUCGAAUCGCUUGACCAAUAUCGAAUUCGCAGUGCAGCCUGUCAGAAAGAGACAAAAAGAACUAUCACCGCUAGCAUCCCCACCUCGAAACCCCAAAGCCAAGUCACUACGUUUGUCGACCGGCGUGAAGCGGGGAACAUUACUGUGUCAAUCACUUCCACAACAGGCCCCAAGAACUAGCAGUGAACCUAGGGCGUCUGGCACAACAGCCAAGGCUCGAAAAAUAUCGCAGCUUCCGACCACAGAACCAGCCCUAGCUUUGUCGCAUGAUGAUGAGCCGCAUUCACGAGCUUCUUCCAUGAUCGCGAAGGCAGCUCUUCCUGUUAAAGGCAAACGAAAGGGGUCGAAAACGGGCGAGGGGAUGGCUCCGAAAAGAGUGAGAGUCUCUGCAUCGCCACCACAAGCGUCAUUGGAUGUGUUUGAUGACCCAGAAAUCAUCCAUGGUAUCCUGGAUCAACAACUUCUAGUUCUUUCAUCGCCAUCACAUCCGCAAGGAUUUCCCUCUUCUCCAGAGUUUAGCAGUCCGAAACCCAAACGUACCAUCACUACAAGCAUAGCAGGCACGAAAGAGGCUGUUCAGAAGCGCUCCGGCCCCACACCUCAUGAGCUGCAGGCUGCGAAGCCGAGAUCACCUUCGCCAAAGAGCACAAUGCGAAAAUCACAACCACGAAAGGCGGCAGUUGAAAGACCCCACUCAAUUCGCAAUGAGUCUUUACCCCCUGUACCUGUGUUCGAAUUCCCAAUACCACCCUCUAGGGAUGUUUCCCCUGCAUAUACGGAAGCUUCUGAUACUCGAUCACGUAAUUCGCAGUCCGGUGCAACUCCCCCAAUACCUGAGGUCUCGGCCCCAGUUUCUCGCAACGAGACCGUCCCCUUACCACCUCAUCCGCUGAGAGCAGGCAAGACAGGGCCGUUGGUGAGUACAAGCGAACUAGCAGCCCUCUUACAGAAGCCAAAGAAGACCAAACAGGUUGUCGACGAUCCAAUCGAAGAAGACGUACAGGAUACUAACAAAUCAUUACAUCGCAAUUUCAGACGCGUGCGAAGCGAAAACGACGCACCGAUUCCAAGUACAGCACAAGACUGGGAGAGACGUAAUCUACCCAAACCUGCGGGCGAUGUAACAGACAUCAUAGACGAGCCUGCGAAUGUAAUUACGGCAGUGAGCUUUAUGCCCCCAAACAAAAAGAACACCGGUCUCUCAGCGUUGAUAAAGAAGACGGAUCCAAGGCGGAAGUUGCAGCGCGCAAAAAGCUUGAUUGUGGAGACCAAUGUGCCGCCUGUGGAGGAGGUGGAGAUUCCUAGCCCAGUUGGGGAUCAAGAUAUUGGGCCAUGGAGUACUGAGGCAUUCGAUUUAUUUGACUGGAGGCCACCGAACCGCGAGUAG